AUGCCUCAAACCACCACGGCGUUGAUCACCUUGGAAUCUGGCUAUUGUAGGCGGUACUCAGCAUCACGACGGACCUCAUCAUCUUGGGUCUACCAAUCCCACAGAUGGCUCGGCUGCAACUUCGAAAAGAGGACAAGCUCGAGUUGGUAUUCAUCUUUGGGGCUUGGCGGCUUUGUCUGUACGACGAGUAUCAUCGAGCCAACCACCAUCGCCGCGUCAUCUUCAUGGACAGACGCCACCUGGAGUCAGCUCAAACCAACCCCGGUAUGGAUCGUUGAAGAGUGUGACGCCAGCAUCAUCUGUGCCUGCACACCGAUGAUCCGCCAACUCUCUGUCCUGUUCCCUUGGACGUUCGUACCAUUGGCACGGGAGAGUUCCCAUGCUCCAAUUUCCACCCAAGGCACGCGGCAGCACUGCGCUGCCCACGAUAUUCCUGCGAACCCCCACUUGUCACAAGCGCCAGUGCGCCAAGGGGUCAGCGAAGAGCAAUUGCACCCGAGGAGAAAUAUAUUCUGA